AUGGGUUCGCACGCCGAAGCCAAACGUGUGGCAAAGCUUGUCCUGGACAAGUUCGAUGCUCUUCCAAGCAAAUGUGAGCAACAAAACCUUACCUGUGUCUCUCUUGCAACCGGGACAAAAUGCCUUCCUGCAACUGCUCUACCCAAGGGGUUCAACUAUUGGCUCUUGUCUGAAAUCAAAACAGCGAUUGAAGACUGUGCAUACACUUCUCCAUUUAUUGAAUUUUCUAGUACCAACGCUUCAAGCAAGCCUACAGAUCACUGCAAUAAAACUCAAAGCCGCGCAUUUCGGCUGAGAGACGAUGUGUCACUUUACUUGUUCACAACCGAAGCGCCUUGCGGUGAUGCAUCAAUGGAGCUUCUAAUGAAUUCGAUGUCUCCAGGUACGGCAGAGCCAUGGGAAACUCAUGAUCUUGAGAGCCUGGCGACAUCACUACAGGGCCGGGGUCACUUUUCGAUGCUCGGCUAUGUUCGUCGUAAGCCUGCUCGGGCUGAUGCAGAACCGAGCAAUUCAAAGUCAUGCUCCGAUAAAUUGGCGGUCAAGCAAUUCAUGAGUGCCAUUGCCUUUCCAGCUGACCUCUUCAUUGAAAAGACCGACAAUGCUUACAUUCGGACAAUGAUUGCUUACGGAGACCAGUACAAUGAAACCGGAUACCUUCGAGCCUUUGGACCGAAAGGACGAUUGUCCAACAUUUCUAAACGUGGGAGGUUCUUCGAGGUGGCCGUCCUCCCUCACGACUUCCAAUGUUUUGCCUUUGCAAGAGCAGCAGGAAAGGUUGUAGAGGAAGAACAAAAGCCGAAAGUAAGCAACGUUACUUGCUUAUGGAUUCGACAUCCUACCACUCCAUCUGGUGACAUACUUGAAGUCAUGGUCAACGGGGUCAAACAGGGCUACAGACAAUGGGACGAUCGAAUAGCCAAAGCGAGUGUUGUCUCCCGGCGGCGUUUGUGGGAUCUUGCUAUUGAGAUUGCUGGAUUCCCGACUCGGAUGGCAUUUGAGGAUGACAUACGUACGGUUGUACCGACCACACUACCUACAACAGCCUCAGUGCAGUUUGAGGAGAUUUCUAAAGCACUAGCGAGAGGCAGUUAUGCUCAAGCAAAGUCGUCUUCUCUGCGAGGCAGGUCAAUCAAGGAUAAGUCCUAUGUCACGACAGCUCUGGGAAACUGGCAUAACAAUGAAGAAGAUAAGAAUUGGAAACGUAAUUCAGCCUAA